AUGCGUAGGUUAUACCGCUGCGAUAUAAUUGGCAAAUAUGGAAUUGGAGACCAGUGCGCCAAUGGGAAAUAUAUUCGUUAUGCCGAAUAUGAACUUUACUUGCUUCCGACAUCGCAGAAAACAUCUAAUCACGAAACGAUUAGUGAAAUGGUAAGGGACAGCAAUGGUGUGCCAGUCAAGAACCGCCUCAUAAGAUGGAAAGAAUUCUUUGAGGCCAAACAUAACCAAGAAGCACCAUCCGUUGCCCCUGAUAUAAGUGAUGAUGAUUGCAGCAAAGCAAUUUUACUCCCAAUUCUCAAGAAAGGUGAUAGCCCUAAUCAAGCUGGAUUCACACCGAGGCAUGGUUUUGCUGACCAGAUAUUUAUGUUAAGAAGGAUAGACUGGGUAAUGGACAUCGCUUGUCGGUACUCAAUGGAUGUCCAAAUCAAUCCAGAGCAUCGUAUCAUAGAUCUUGAAUAUGCUGAUGAUGUAGUCUUUUUUGCUGAAAGCGAGAUGGGACAAUCAAGACCUGGACUGAUACGGUGA